ACACUCACUCAAAGGUAGGUCUUGUGACACUUUGCCCUUUAGAGACACAGUUCAAUGAAGCAGAGAUAAGAGAGAUCACACACUGGCACACACACACACAGACACACACAUACCGACACACACACACUCACAGGUUUGUUAGGAGAGAAGGAGUAUGGCUGAGAAACGUCACUGUUGAGAGAAAGCUGAAGAACCAAGACAGGAAGAGGGCUUGUUUGGCAAAUCUUCAAGUCAUUUCAUUGACAUUCACUGACACAGUGAUGGAGCCCUUUGAACGCCCUGAACUCUAUGAAUUCCACGGAGUCUCUAUGACACACUACUUCACGGACAACUGGGAAAAUGUUCAAAACUUUAAGGCUCUGCCAGAUGAUAUACUCAUAGCCACUUAUCCAAAAGCAGGCACCACUUGGAUGUCUUACAUCCUGGACUUGCUGCACUUUGAACAGGAGGUUAAGGAUAGAGAGAAUUCUCUGCCCAUCUUUGACCGAGUACCUUUCCUAGAGCUCACCAUUCCGAACUACUGCACAGGCGUAGAGGCACUUGACACCCUUCCCACCCGCCCGCGACUUAUCAAGACUCAUCUACCUAUUCAGUUUGUGCCAAAGAGCUUCUGGGAAAAUAACUGCAGGGUGGUGUACGUGGCCCGUAAUGCUAAAGACAACGCUGUGUCUUACUUCCAUUUUGAUCGCAUGAACAUGGUGCAGCCGGAGCCGAAGGACUGGAACAGUUUUCUGCCCAGGUUUAUGGAAGGGAAAAUGGUGUUUGGCUCCUGGUAUGACCAUGUGACUGGCUGGUGGGACAAAAAGCAGAACUACUCCAAUCUUCUCUACAUGUUCUAUGAAGACAUGGUGCAGGACACGGGCCGUGAGCUGGAGCGCCUCUGCUCCUUCCUGGGUUUGUCCACCACAGCAGAGGAGAGAGAGUGCAUCAGGGGAGGAGUGCAGUUUGAUGCCAUGAAGGCAAACCCAAUGGCCAACUACUCUACUGAUCCAGUGAUGGAUCAAAAGAUCUCUCCCUUCAUGCGCAAAGGGAAAGUCGGUGACUGGAAGAACCACUUCACUGUGGCUCAGAACGAGACGUUUGACAAGCACUACAAGAAGAGGAUGAAGAACAGCACACUGGAGUUCCAUACAGAAAUCUAGCAGGACUCAUAGUUAACUGUGAAUUGUUGUAAUAUUGCCUAAAAAUGACAAAAACGAAAAUAUAUUACAGUUGAAUUGCA